AUAAGCACAGCCAAUCCAGCUGACUCAGGGAUGCAGAUGUCCUGUACACAGCCCUGGUUCCUGUAGUGAUGCAUUAACACCUCCAGUAUAUAAACUCCUUCCCCUCGCAUCUGAGCACCUUCACAUCUGUGCCCUGCCCUGUUCUCUACUAAGGACUCCCAGAGAGACAAUAUGCUUAAGUUCAGUGUUGUGACGUUGCUGUUGCUUUCACCGUGCUGCUGGGCUGAUGAGGAGGCAGCAGUGGAGGACGGCCGGCUGGGAGAUCUUCCCGUCUCUGAGCUUCUGGAGAGAGCCAACAGCAACCUGGUCCGCUCCGCUGGGGGUCCUGUCCUGACGGAGGGAGACAUCGUCGUUGACGAGGAGGCCGAGAGGAACGCCGACCCGUGCACGUCCAGUGGCUGCAUGUGGCGCCCGUGGACGGACGGCAUGGUCUACAUCCCAUACUACAUCAACAACCAGUACUCUUCUCGUGAGAAGGCCAUCAUCACCCGCGGCCUGGAGUCCUUCUCCUCGUUCUCCUGUAUCAGGUUCAGACCCAGCCGCAGCUCAGACCGGGACUGGAUCAGCAUCGAGUCCAAGGGCGGGUGUUUCUCCUCCAUCGGUCGUCGUGGGGGGGGCCAGGUGGUGUCCCUGGCCCGGCAGGGCUGCCUCUACCACGGGACGGUCCAGCACGAGCUGCUGCACGCCCUGGGCUUCAACCACGAGCAGACGCGCUCCGACCGUGACCAGUACAUCAGGGUGGUGCUGCAGAACGUCCAGUCAGGGAUGGAGCACAACUUCAGGAAGAAGAACACCUUGAACCAGGGCACGUCCUACGACUACAACUCAGUGAUGCAGUACCACAGGUAUGCCUUCUCUAAGAACAACCAGCCGACCAUGGUGCCAAUCCCUGACGCCAACGUCUCCUUCGGGAAGGCCACGCAGAUGAGCCGCAACGACAUCGCCCGCCUCAACACCCUCUACAAGUGCUAUAAAACACAGUCCAGUGGCUCAGAACUCACAAACCGUGUUUCUGAACUCAAGAAACCUGUUGCUAUGAUGGUGAAGAUGUUUUUGGCUGUGUUUGCUCUGCUGCUGGCAUCAGCUGCUCUGGUCCAGGGGCAGACUGAGGAAGAGGGGGUCCGCCGCGAGAAAGUCCCUUCCCUUGGGAUGUCCGUGGGAGAGCUUCUGGAGAAAGCCAACCGAGGCCGCACUCUCCGCCCUAAUGAGCCUGUGGUGGUGGAGGGAGACAUCGCCAUCAAGACUGUGUCCGGGAGGAACGCCGACCCCUGCACCGCGCAGGGCUGCCUGUGGAGGAAGUGGACAGACGGCCUCGUCUACAUCCCCUACUACAUCGCCAACCAGUACUCGCCCCGGGAGAAGGCUAUCAUAAUCCGGGGCCUGGAGUCCUUCUCCGCCGUGUCCUGCAUACGCUUCCGGCCCACCAUCCAGAACGACGUGGAGUGGCUCAACAUCGAGUCUGAGAGCGGCUGCUACUCCUGGGUGGGUCGUCAGGGGGGUAAGCAGGUGGUGUCCCUGGCCCGGCAGGGCUGCCUCUACCACGGGACGGUCCAGCACGAGCUGCUGCAUGCCCUGGGCUUUAACCACGAGCAGACGCGCUCCGACCGCGACAAGUACAUCAAGGUGGCCUGGGAGAACAUCAUCGAUGAUCAGAAAUACAACUUUAACAAGCUCAACACGCUGAACCAGGGCACGCCGUACGACUACAGCUCCGUGAUGCAGUACGAGAGGUACGCCUUCUCCAAGAACAACAAGCCCACCAUGAUCCCCAUCCCCAACCCCAACGUGGCCUUCGGCGAGUCCCAGGAGAUGAGCAAGAACGACAUCAUCAGGAUCAACAACCUCUACAAGUGCUGAACGAGGCUGUGGACAUGAACUGCAGCUGAGAGCAGAUCCACUCAACGUUGAGAUCAAGUUGUAGGAACAAUAAAGAUUCUUUUUCUCA